AUGGCCGUUGCUGGUGCUCGGCAGACGCUCAAGCACCAGGGUCCGCGGGACAGUGUGCCCAGCCGUCAGGACUCCCCACUCCUUGACUGGAGCCCCCCGCCCCUCCAGCUCCAUCUACCCUCAGCGCUGGGAGCCUUGCGUUCCCUGGCCUCCGGGUUGAAGAGGAAGCCCCAGCGCGCGACCUCCCGGGCUCUCCGCUUCGACCGGGCCGCCGCCGCCAUGCAGACGCCCAGCCUGCUGCCGCUGCUGCUCGCCCUCGGCCUGCUGGCCGCACCUGCCGCCGCGGUCAUCAGGAUCCCACUGCACAAGUUCACGUCCAUCCGCCGGACCAUGUCGGAGGCGAUGGGCCCCGUGGAACACCUGAUUGCCAAGGGCCCCAUCUCGAAAUAUGCCACCGGGGAGUCAGCUGUGAGGCAUGAGCCAGUUCCCGAGCUGCUCAGGAAUUACAUGGAUGCCCAGUACUACGGGGAGAUCGGCAUCGGGACGCCUCCGCAGUGCUUCACGGUGGUCUUCGACACCGGCUCCGCCAACCUCUGGGUCCCGUCCAUCCACUGCAAGCUGCUGGACAUAGCCUGCUGGACCCACCACAAGUACAACAGCGGCAAGUCCAGCACGUACGUGAAGAACGGCACGACCUUCAGCAUCCACUACGGCUCGGGCAGCCUCUCAGGGUACCUGAGCCAGGACACUGUAUCGGUCCCCUGUGACCCGUCCUCGUCCAGCCCGGGCAGUGUCACGGUGCAGAGGCAGACCUUCGGGGAGGCCAUCAAGCAGCCGGGCGUGGUCUUCAUCGCGGCCAAGUUCGACGGCAUCCUGGGCAUGGCCUACCCCCGCAUCUCCGUCAACAACGUGCUGCCUGUCUUCGACAAUCUGAUGCAGCAGAAGCUGGUGGAGAAGAACAUCUUCUCCUUCUUCCUGAACAGGGACCCGAAAGCCCAGCCUGGGGGCGAGCUGAUGCUGGGUGGGAUCGACUCCAAGUACUACAGAGGCAGCCUGGCCUACCACAACGUCACCCGCAAGGCCUACUGGCAGAUCCACAUGGACCAGCUGGACGUGGGCGGCAGUCUGACCGUGUGCAAGGGCGGCUGUGAAGCCAUCGUGGACACGGGCACGUCCCUGAUCGUGGGCCCCGUGGAGGAGGUGCGGGAGCUGCAGAAGGCCAUCGGGGCCGUGCCGCUGAUGCAGGGCGAGUACAUGAUCCCCUGCGAGAAGGUGUCUAGCCUGCCCCAGGUCACCGUGAAACUGGGGGGUGAGGACUACACGCUGUCCCCGGAGGACUACACGCUCAAGGUGUCACAGGCCGGGACGACCGUGUGCCUGAGCGGCUUCAUGGGCAUGGACAUCCCCCCGCCCGGCGGGCCGCUCUGGAUCCUGGGGGACGUCUUCAUUGGGCGCUACUACACCGUGUUCGACCGGGACCAGAACCGCGUGGGCUUGGCCGAGGCCGCCCGGCUCUAG